UAAAAUAAUUUUAAUAUUAUAAAAUUUAGUAUAAACAAAAGAAGACAUUUAUGAGCGAAACUGUUCUAAACUCAAUUGCUCUUUGUAUAAAAAAUCUUUGCUGCAAAAAUGCGAAAUUAUUUUUAACCGGUUACUUAACUAAUCUGCAUGCAUUGAUUACACAACACUAAUUUCGGUUGAAAACAACAUUACUGCAUCUGAUGUUAUUUUUUUGCAAGGAAAGAAAAUUAUUCUAGAAGAAAUCGUUAACAGACAAAGAAGUGUUAUUCUUAAUAGAAAAAAGUGAAGUUAGAAAAACUAAAUAAACUAAAAUAUGGGAAAGAAAAAUAAGAAGAAGCCCGAGGCUGAUGGCAAAAAGCCAGAGGAACAGGCGUCCACUUCGCAAGGAACGGCACAAACACAAAGCGCUGAUAGUAAAAACAAACAAGAACAGAAAUUAGAGCAACAAAAGUUACCGCAAAAACUAAUUCAAAAAAGUAGUGUUGUUGUACAGCAGCUACAACAAAAAGAAGCACACAACGGUGCUGAGUCUCAAAAGUUAAGACAUCAAGAGUCACAACAACAACUUCCACAACGGUCAAAAGAUCGCGAUCAGGUAAAAUGUCUAGUACAAUGCAAAUUUCAAAAACAAGUCGUAGGCUCUGAAGUUCAACAACAAAUAUGUGUCGCUGGUCAAUUUAAAGGUCUAGAACAUCAAAAAUUUAAACAAUUGUCGCAACAGAAACAGCUGAAAGAAAUUGUUCAGUCCAAGGAUCUUACACAACAGACAGACUGCUCUGUUUUACGAGAGCAAAACCGCAUAGAUGAUCAAUUUAAAGAUACAAGAAUAAAUCAAAAAUCACAACAACAAUUUCUAGAACAAAAGCAGUGGAAAGACAAUGGUGAGUUAAAAUCUCCAAUAAAACAAAAAUCUCAACGAAAAUUUCGUGAACAAGCAGUAGAUCUUGACAUACAAAAACAACAAAAAAGUGAUUCUGAUCAAUAUAAAAAUCCAAAACAGCAAGAUUCACAGCAAUUGCUACAACAAAAACAAUGGAAAGAAAGUGGUCCGUCAAAAGGUUUUGAACAACAACAACAAAGUCAGGCUGAAAAAAGAGACGCUAAUUAUCGACAGCAACAGCAACAAAUACACAUUGGUAAUCAAUCUAAAGGGCUCAGACCUCAAGAAUCACAACAAAAAUUAAAACAACAGUGGCAAGUAAAUGAUGAUGCCAAAGCUAAACAAAAACCACAACAACAACAAAAGAAACCAGAAAAGCAGCCUGCAGAAAGUGUUUCUACUCAACGGCAACAGGAAAAACGCGAUUCUGAUCAGUCAACACAGGUGCCACAGCAACAACAAAAACAACAACAGCAACAGCGGCAAGAUGGUGGUCAGUCAAAAGGAGCAAGACCAAAACAACAGCAAUCUCAACAACAACCGAAGCAGGAAGUUGGAUUUGAUCAACGACAACAACAACAACGGCAAGAAGGUGGUGAGUCAAAAGGGGCAUGGGCAAAACAACAGCAGUCUCAACAACAGCCGAAGCAGGAAGUUGGACUUGAUCAACAAAAACAACAAGAGCAACAGCGACCACAACAACAGAGGCCACAACAACAGCAACAGCGGCCGCAGCAACAGCGACCGCAACAACAGCAACAGCGGCCGCAACAACAGCAACAGUGGCCGCAGCAACAGCGACAAGAUAGUGGUCAAUCCAAAGGACCAUGGCAACAACAGAGUAGAGAAGGUAGCGUCGAUCAACGACAACAACAGCGACCACAGCAACAGCAACAGUGGUCGCAGCAACAGCGACCGCAACAACAGCAACAGAGACCGCAGCAACAGCAACAGCGGCAAGAUGGUGGUCAAUCCAAAGGACCAUGGCAACAACAGAGUAGAGAAGGUAGCGUCGAUCAGCGACAACAACAGCGACCACAGCAACAGCAACAGUGGUCGCAGCAACAGAGACCGCAGCAACAGCGGCAAGAUAGUGGUCAAUCCAAAGGACCAUGGCAACAACAGAGUAGAGAAGGUAGCGUCGGUCAAGGACAACAACAGCGACCACAGCAACAGCAACAGUGGUCGCAGCAACAGCGACCGCAACAACAGCAACAGCGGCAAGAUAGUGGUCAAUCCAAAGGACCAUGGCAACAACAGAGUAGAGAAGGUGGCGUCGAUCAACGACAACAACAAUAUAGAGGAUCUAAACCGCAAGAAUCCCAACAACAAUAUCAACAGAGAGAAAAGGGUGGCUAUUAUGAAGAUCGACGACCGCAGCAAGCACAGGCACAACGUCCUUCAGAACAACAGCUGAUGCAGCAAUUUGGACCUCAAAAAGAAAUACCUACAACUUCUUAUAUUCCACGCGGAACUGCUGGUAAAUCUUCAACAGUUGAAACAAAUUAUUUGAGGAUUGAUAUGGAAAAAAUGCCUAGUGUGGCAUAUCAUUAUGACGUGUCUUUUAAUCCAGAUCGGCCCAAAAAGUUCUUAAGACAAGUAUUUAGGGCAUAUAAUGUUGCAUAUUUUCCAAACAACUUAAUGGCAUUUGAUGGAUCCAAGUCGUUUUAUACUGCAAAAAAGUUGGAAUGCGACAAACAUGAAGGCGAUGUAGAGAUUCACGAUUCAGUUGGCAAAGUAAUGAAAUUUAAGUUGACCAUUAAAGAAACUGCUGAUAUGGAAAUUGAUUUAACCUGUUUAAAAACAUACACAACUGAGAGAGUAUUCGAUAAACCAAUGAGAGCUCUUCAGUGUUUGGACGUCGUGCUUGCAAGUGCGUGUGAAGCUGGUGUUCGUGCUGGUCGCUCGUUUUAUGCGCCAUCCAGUAAUAGACAAUAUGAUUUAGAUGAUGGAUAUGAAAUGUGGUUAGGGCUUUAUCAAGCUAUGGUGUUAGGCGAUGUACCACUUCUAAACGUUGACGUCAGUCAUAAAUCAUUCCCUAAGGAGUUUCAUAUGAUCGAUUAUUUAAGACAAGUGCUUAAUAUAAACAAUCUGGAUGCAAAUCUUGAUAGAUACAAUUUAUACGACUUGAGUGAUUUUUUAAAAAAUAUUAAUAUUGUUUACACACCGCCAAAAUGUUUUGGAGCAUUGCCCAAAAUGUAUAAAUGUUUAGGAGUUUCAGACAAAUCCGCUUUGAAUGCUACUUUUGAUAAGGAUGGCGAAAUAAUGACAAUUGAUGCAUACUUCAAAUCACGCGACUAUAAAAUAAAUUAUCCCCAACUUAAUUUACUAAUUGUUGGAUCAUCUGUACGUAGUAUUUUGUUGCCUAUGGAAUUAUGCUCAAUUCCAGCUGGGCAAGCAAUAAAUAAAAAGAAUAGUUCAAGACAAAUACAAAAAUUAAUCAGAUAUGCAGCAACAUCGACUAACGAACGUAAGGAGAGAAUAAUGGACCUAUUGACUCGUUAUCAACACAACGCUAAUUCAAUUAUAACAGCAUUUGGAAUUAAAAUAGAUCCACGUUUCAUUGUUGUAUCUAUGCGAAUAUUAAAUGCUCCUAAAUUAGAAUAUUUCCAAAAAGAAACUGUCAGCUGCUUCAAAGGGGCUUGGAGGGCUGAUAAAGAACAAUUCAUUAUAACUGGUAUGCGUCCAAAAGGACAUAGUUAUGCUAUUUUGUAUUAUCAGGAGGGUGCGAGAGCAAGUGUUCAACGUGGGAGUCUUGAAGAAUUGGCAAGAAUGUUGUGUAGCGGAGCAGAGAGGAAAAAUCUACAAUUGGCUAAACCGGAUAUUGCUCCAUUCAAAAGAAUUGAAGACAAAUUAUUAGAUAUAAAAAACAAUGGAUAUGAUUUCAUAAUUGUAGUGAUUCCGGAUAGAAAUGUCACUUAUUCUGACAUUAAAAAAGCCGCCGAAUUAAAAUAUGGUCUUUUAACUCAAUGUAUUAAAGCUGGUACUUUUAGGCGGUUGAAUUCGCAACUAAUAGAUAACAUUCUAUUAAAAAUUAAUGCUAAACUAAAUGGUACUAAUCACAUAAUAUCUGCUGCAACACAUGUAAAACUAGAAGACGUUAUGUAUAUGGGAGCUGAUGUUACACAUCCAUCACCAGAUCAAAGACACAUACCAAGUGUUGUUGGAGUAGUAGGUUCUCAUGACAUUAAUGGAGCUAAUUACAAUAUGCAAUACCGUUUGCAAAGCUCAAAAAAAGAAGUUAUUGAGGACAUGGAGGGUAUUUUCACUAAUCUUAUUUCAGUAUAUUUUAAACAUCAAAAGAAAUAUCCCAAACACGUAAUAUACUUUCGUGAUGGUGUAUCCGAUGGCCAAUUUCCGCAAAUUGAAAAAGAGGAAAUACGCGAAAUUCGUAUCGCUUGUAAGAAACUACGUAUAUGUCCUAAAAUUACGUGUAUUAUUGUUAUAAAACGUCAUCACACACGAUUUUAUCCCCAACGUCCAGCAAACGAUCGUGACAAAUUUAACAAUGUUGAACCUGGUAGUGUAGUAGAUAGAACAAUUGUACAUCCAAAUGAGAUACAAUUUUUCUUAUGCAGUCAUCAAGCCAUACAAGGUACUGCAAAACCUGGUCGUUAUAAUGUGAUUGUCGAUGAUGCAAAAAUGAAUAUAGAUGAUAUACAAAAAAUGUGCUACAAUAUGUGCCAUCUAUUUCCUCGAUGCAAUCGCGCAGUCUCAUAUCCAGCACCAGCCUAUUUGUCACAUUUAGUUGCAUUUCGCGGACGCGUAUAUUUAGAAAACGUUCAUAAAUUUGGGGACUUAAAAACGGAAUAUAAAAAGCGAGAAGUAAUGAAACAAAUUAUGGAUAAUAAUCCAAUGUUUUUCGUUUAAAUUUAUUUAUUUUAUAAUUAUACAAAAAAUUUAUAAAAAUAAUAAUAAUAAUAAAAAUAAUAAUUAUAAUAAUAAUAGCAUUUUCUUGGUAUAAGACGUGAAUAUCACUCACAGACUGUUAGACACUCAAAUAAUAAUAAUUACAACGGAUCCCAGAACAGAAGUACAUAAAAGGAUGAAUGACAAGACGUAUGCUAAAUGAGUGGGAGAGGAUUGAUAGAAAAAUUAUGUAAAAUAAGUUUUCCCCCAGUUAGUCUGAGCAAGAGAACCCAAGUUUCUAUACUUGUAUACAGAAUUCAAAGGAGAACCAUGAGUCGAUUAAGUUCAAUUCGGUAUAUAAGCUGGGGCAAGUGAGCACAUAAGCAAU